CCGCCGCGCCGCCCCCUCCGUGACGCCACUGCCCAGGCCGCACCCCCGCCCUCCGCCGCCGGUGGUACCGCCCCCAAGCACCGCCCCUCAGGCACCGCCCCCCGCCCCGGUGGUAGAGGCCGGGCCGGGGGCUCAGCUACAUCCGGCUCCGCCCCCCUCUCCCCGCGCCGUUGGUACAUCCCGGGACCGUCCGGCUGCCGGCGCAGGAGUCGGUGCAGCCCAGGCUUCCCCCCCCCCGCGUCCGCCGUAGUGGUAGAGGCCGCGAUCGCUCCUGUCCGUCAGCGCCGCCGCCGCCUCAGUCGGAGCUCGAACCUCAGCCGCGCCCGGCGCUCCCUCCGGCAGUGUAUGCCUGAGCUAUAACCCUCAGCCCGCCAUGUCCACUCCGGCCCGUAGGCGCCUCAUGCGGGACUUCAAGAGGCUGCAGGAGGAUCCCCCGGCCGGGGUGAGCGGGGCCCCCUCCGAGAACAACAUCAUGGUGUGGAACGCCGUCAUCUUCGGGCCCGAGGGGACCCCUUUCGAGGACGGAACUUUCAAACUUACAAUAGAAUUCACAGAAGAAUACCCGAAUAAGCCACCUACUGUCAGAUUUGUCUCUAAAAUGUUUCAUCCAAAUGUCUAUGCAGACGGUAGUAUAUGUCUGGAUAUCCUUCAGAAUCGCUGGAGCCCCACUUACGAUGUCUCCUCCAUCUUAACAUCCAUACAGUCCCUAUUGGAUGAGCCAAAUCCGAACAGUCCAGCAAACAGCCAGGCAGCUCAGCUAUACCAAGAGAAUAAGCGGGAAUAUGAAAAAAGGGUUUCUGCAAUAGUAGAACAGAGCUGGCGUGACUGUUGACCCAGGAUGAUGCAAAUGAACACUCUGUUGAUGAGGAAAAUAAACAAAGUGUCCGAGUCAUCUUUUUCCUCCUAGCAUUUACUUUGCAAGCAAAAUAGCUGUUGUGCUGUUGCCACUCUCCCUUGCUGAAGCUUCUUCUCCUUGGACAUCAGAACACACCCACUUUGAAGUCAAAGUUCUGUACUUGGGUUACUUGCAAAAGAGUUACUGAUGCUGAAUUCAUUUUCUGUGGUCCCUCUCCAGUCUUAGGGCAGUAUUGUGCAUUUCUGUAGUGUACACUAAGCUUUUAAUUGUAAUUGUGUUAUACACAGUGAUGCUUAUGUGUAGCUUGAUAAAAGGGAUGUUUAUAUACAUACACAUUUUUUAACUGAUAUUAAUUAAAGUGCUGAUGUGUC